AUGCUCCCCCACCCCUCAGGCUCCCUCCCCAUCCUCCUACUUUUCCUCCUCCCCAGUGUCACAAUGGAGCCCCACGCCUCACCCUCACCCCUGCCCCCAUUUCCAGUCCCCGAGUGGGACCUCUUGUCCCCCCGAGUAGCCCUGUCCAGGGGUACCCCCGCUGGGCCCCCUCUGCUCUUCCUGCUGGAGGCUGGAGCCUUUGGGGAGCCAACUGGCAGCCCGGCCAACCGCAGUCGGCGGGGGGUGAGUGAGACAGCACCAGCGAGUCGCCGCGGAGAGCUGGCUGUGUGUGAUGCAGUCAGCGGCUGGGUGACAGACCGCCGGACUGCUGUGGACCUGCGUGGGCGCGAGGUGGAGGUGCUGGGCGAGGUGCCUGCGGCUGGCGGCAGUCCCCUUCGCCAGUACUUCUUUGAAACCCGCUGCAAGGCUGACAGCGCUGGGGAAGGUGGCCCCGGUGGGGGUGGAGGAGGCUGCCGGGGUGUGGACCGGAGGCACUGGGUGUCUGAGUGUAAGGCCAAGCAGUCCUACGUGCGGGCAUUGACUACCGAUGCCCAGGGCCGUGUGGGCUGGCGAUGGAUUCGAAUUGACACUGCCUGUGUCUGCACGCUCCUCAGCCGGAAUGGCCGGGCCUGA